AUGUGCUUCCGCAUUGCAGUAUUUACAUUCGUCGCUACCGUAUCUGCGUGGGGUGUCACGUCACCACCGGUCCUCGACAAUGGUGUUACCAGUCUCCCUGAGGUUGAUUGUAUGGAAGAUCGAGUGCGAUUAACGUUCAAAACCCAACGACCAUUUCAAGGGAGAAUUUUUGUCAAAGGCAUGGUCGACAAAGAUGCAUGUGUGAGCAGUUACCUUAGCAAUACGAAUCCGGAUGUUGUAUUUGAGUUGGAGAAUGGAGCAUGUAAUAUGCGGCGAACAAGAAUGGUAAAAUUGAAGAUAACAGAAUGUAAUGAGUGA